UUCUCAAGCCAGCUGCCGGCAGUGAUCGCUUUGUAUCAGCCAAGAUGGCUACGAAUAGUCAUGCCACUUAUGUUAUCGUGGCCCUGGGCACUCGUGGGGACGUGCAGCCGCUCGCAUGCAUCGCGCAGCAGCUCCGAAACAGCUUCCCGCAGCUAAACGUCUUUCUCAUUACACACAAAGCACACGAGCCAUGGCUGGCCACAGGUGUUUUCUCCAGCCUACCCACACGGUACGUGGACAGCCCCCCGGCAGGCGCCUGGUGGUCGCAGCCACAGCCCAGCACGGCACCUGCCGGGGCACCGAGCCAGCAGCCGCAACAUGGGGCCCACAGCGGUAGCAGUUGCACCAACAACAACACUGGCAGCAGUAGCAGCAGCAGUAAUAGUAGUAGACUCGCAGAGCCCGACGCCCGGGUGGUGGAUGCCAUCCGUGCCUGUGUCUCCGGCCACGGCUCCCGCCGGCCCCCUCUGACACCACACGGCCAUCCACGGCAGCAGGGCGAUCCAGCCGCCUGCAGCGGCGCGGAGGGCACUAGCGCUGACAGCACCCGAGCCUGCACCACCUCUGACACCCGCGACAACCCCCAGCACGAGCAGCAACAGCUGCAGCCGCAGGCGCAACAACAGCAGUCGCACCAACACCAGCACCAGCAGCCACCCCAAGGCCGCGCGCUGGUGCUGUUCAACCUGUUUGCGCUGGAGGCCUACCACGCCGCAGAGGCGCUGGGGCUGGCGUGUGCGGUGGCGGCGCCCUACCUCAUCCCCUACACCUGCCCGCCCGCCUUCAAGGCCCUGUUCCGUAGGGAGCUGCCACAGCUGUUUGCCGCCCUCGGCUGCGUGGCUGAGCAGGAGCAGGAGCAGGGGCAGGAGCAGGGGCAGGAGCACGGGCGGCAAAUGGGAGGGAUGGAAGUACCAGGGAGGGAGCAGCAGGAGCAACGGGUGCAGCAACGACGGCGGAGACAGGACCGGGUCACGUUCGCAGAGGUGGAGCACUGGAUGUGGCCGCUGUUCACGGAGCGCUGGGGCGAAUGGCGGGAGCAGCAGCUGGGGCUGCCGGCACUCCCGCUGCACGAGUACGCCGCCGCCCCUAUGGCCCGCGCAGCUGCGGGCUCCGCGCGAGCAGCAGUGGCGGCGGCGGCGAUGUUCGCGGGAGAAGGCGGAGGCGCGGCCGUGGGGACCCUUAGGGCGGACUCGGAGCGUGAGGCGGUGCCGCUGCCUCGGGAGCGGCUGCCGCCGGCGCCGCCUCUCUUGUACGGAUUUAGUGAGCUGCUGGUGCCGCGCCCCCGCUACUGGCCGCCCAGUGUGCACGUGUGCGGCUUCUGGCAGCCGCCCCUGGAGUGGUUCCGCGGACACAGCCUCCCGCCCUCCCUGGCGCGGCUAGUCAGGCAGUGCGGAGCUGAGGCCGCGGGUGGCGGCAGCAGCCACAACAGCUGCGGUAGCAAUAGGAGCGGCAGUAGCAGCAGAAGCAGCAGCCGGCUGGUGUGUGUGGACUUUGGCAGCAUGGGGCGGCUGGGGCUCAUCCCGGACCCGUGCUACACGAUGAGGGUGCUGCGGGCGGCACUGGAGCAAACCGGCCUGGUGGCAGUGGUGCUGAGUGCGGGCUGGCGGCCCCUGCACGACGCAGCGGCGGCGCUGGGCGGUGUGGAGCUUCCGGAGGGAGGGCUUGCAGAGGCAGAGGCCGGGACGCAGGCAGCAGCUGAGGCGGCGGCGGCGGCGGCGGCGGCGGGGGGCGGGGCCACUUGCUGCGAGGGCCCAGCCGAAGUAGAGGCUGGAGGACUGGCUGACGCUGCUGGGGCCGCGGGAGCAGCCGCGAGUCCACCAGAGCAGGCCCCGCCGACCAAGCGCGCACGCGCCUCCAGCGGCGCCGACAUCACAGUACAGGCAGCGGCGGCGCUCGCCCCACCAUCAGGCGCAGGACACGCCGUACAUCAGCCGUCCAAAGCAGACACUCGUACCACAACAGCACAAGCAGUGACUGAAGCCCCCCGCUCUCGAGCCAUGCCGCCGGCACCUGCAGCGCCGCCACUGCCUGUCCAACCGCUGCCGCCGCCGCGGUUGCCUGUACUGCACCUGUACGGCGGCGGUGACGUGCCGCACCAGCUGUUGCUGCCGUACUGCGCCGCCGUGCUGCACCACGCCGGCUCGGGCACCACCGCGGCGGCGCUGCAGUGCGGCACGCCGCAGGUCAGCUGCCCGCUGCACUUCGACCAGCCGUUCUGGGCGGAGCGCUUGGCACACUUGGGUCUCAGCCCGCCGCCGCUGCAGCGCCAGCUGCUGUUUGGCUCACUGCGGGAGUGGCCCGCCGCCGUAUCCGCCACAGCCGAUGGCAUUCGGGAGCGGCAGCCGAUGACGGUUGGAGCGGCGGUGGCAGAAGCCACCUGCUUGCAGGACGCUGCAUUGACAGCCGCUGUUGGCGCAAGCAGCUGUGGCGCCGCCUGUGGCGCUGGAGCGGCGGGCAGGGGAGCCUCCGCUGCUGCAGCUGCUGUCCGCAUUGGCGAUGCGGUGGGGGAUGGAGAGGCGCAUGCGGCGGCGGUGGUGGGCGCGGCGGCAGCACGGGUGGCGGCGGCGCUGCGCAGUGCGGCCUGCAGUGUGGAGCGGCGCCGUGCGGCAGAGGCAAUGGCGCAGGAGCUGGCGUGUGAGGAUGGGCUGCGGAAGGCUGCGGAAAUGCUGCACCGCAAGUGCUGGGGCGCUCCGUAGCAGAGGCCAUGUGAGGUGACUCGUCCCCGCCCGCUCCACGUUCCCUCCGCCCUCCCCAACUGCGCCGAGCCCCGCCACCCCCCCCCCCCUGAGGCCGCUGGACCUCACGGACAUCGGUAACAACGCGUCUACGCUGCAACUGUACCUGCCUACGACUUCACUUCUUAAUUAAUCAUGAAUGUAACCCCCACCAGCCGCACCGCACUGAGCGGGGCUCCAUUCGCACUCCACCUCGCCCGCGACGCGGCCCGGCUCGGCCCUCUCUGGCGCUGGCUCUGGCGGCGCAAAGCCGCGCACCGCACAGCCGCCGCCAUGCCGUGCUGCACGCAACCCUACUCCCCGCAAGACGUACGUUGGCGGGGGCCAAGUUCAUACCUAUUCAGGGAACACUGCUUGUUGAUGACGUCCAAGCUAAAGUUGCAUUGCUCUAUACUGGUUUCAUUGUCAUUGCAUGUGCGACAGAGCAGUACUGGUGACCGUUGGUGUGAAUGGUUAUUAGCUACGGUCUUUGUGUAUGUGCGUACGUGGGAUUUGGUAAAGAUGGAGUGCUGUGACGGCACGCUGCGAAACUUGAGGUUGUCGUGAGCUCAUGGCGGGCGUCAAGCGCAUGUCACAAUAUGGCUGGUGACCGAACCUGGCCCGGUCUGUGUCAGCCAGGCUGCCUUGUACUUGCGUGUGUGUCAGAGUUGUGGGUUUGAGGCCAACUACCUGAGGGCUGUUGCGGGCGGCCAGUUGCACUUCCGCGCGCGCCAGUUGUACGUCGCCGUGAGCUCAAAACGGUCUUCUCGUUUCGAGCUCUCUGGAACCGCUUGCUGGUUAGCGGGGUCUAUCAGCACUAUCGUACUGUAUCACGGAUGCCCUCGUACGGCUACGCCCCUACUGUAACUGUGUAAUUGG